GAAGGUAGCAGUGAUGAGGCCUGUCACCCAGCUGACAGUGAAUGGAGUUGGCGAAUAGCCAGGUUAUGUGGGUCGACGGUCGAAUCCAAGUUGGUGUCGAGAGAAAUGCCGGUUGCCUUGCAUGGUAAUUGCCGUGGCGCAGAUCUUUCCAGUGCCGAGAUCUCAUGA